GCAUUUAAUAUGCAUUUAGUGGUAACUCAGAGUACUGCAGCUGGUAAUACGACGAGUGACACAAAUGUUACUGAAACAACUGAAGCAACUACAACCGGCCCUGUCAAAGUUAAUUUAGCGAGGCUUUCCCCGGAUAUUCAUUGCAAGUUUCAAGCUAACGCACAUCAUUGUACCACAAGAACACAGCGCAGGUAUUACUUUGAUCUGCAGUUACAUAGAUGUGAGCGGUUUGAUUAUGCAAGUUGUAAUCACUCCUACAAUAUGUUCACUGGCAGACACGAAUGCCUCAACACUUGUCAAGAUGUGGCCUAUGCUAGAGCUCCUGAUAAUGCCACAGCAAAUGUGUUUUGUCGAUUUCAACCACAGUUUGGUGAUUGCAACUCCUAUCAUCCUAUGUGGUAUUUCGAUAUUACGAUAAUGAAAUGCAGGGGUUUUGCAUACAGCGGUUGUGGGGGCAAUUUUAACAGGUUCCAUACAAACCCUGAAUGCUUAUCUACGUGCGGAGCGGUAAUUUUAAAAGAUUAA